GUCUGAUAGAAGAUGGAUUUACACAAGGACCCUAUUAUAAAUGUCUCGUGGCUGAGGUUCCACCAGAACGAGCUUGUCGAGGAUUGGAGAUUGAUCGAAUCCUGGGGAACCCAAGAACCAAUUCCUGGAGGCCACACCAUCGUGGGUACGCCAUGUAUUUCUUCAGUUAUAGCUCCUGGAAGGGCAGGGUGCUUUAUCUGGAAGACCUCUCUGUUAUGGAGGAGUUCCGAGGGCGCGGAAUCGGGACUCCGUUUCUGCACAAGAUUCGUGGAGGUAAAUCAAUGGAUGUUCUGCGGCUGAACUUUGUCGUCCUGAAUGAGAAUAAGCCGAGUAUUGACUUCUACCUCACGAAGGGAGCUGUGGACCUGACAGAUUCUGAGGGGUGGCAUCUGUUCAGAUUCGAUCAGGAGCAGAUGGAAUGGCUAGCAGGAGGAAAGGGGCAGAAUGUUCCCACCUCUCCCUCUAAAUAA